AUGCCGGAACAAAAAUCUUUCGACAAUGCGGCGGGUAUAAUCAAAUUUUCUCUUCAAUUUUUCGGCGUCCUUCCUCUGAACGGACCUCCAACCAUUUGGAAAAAACAACUCAGUAAAUUUCUAACUGCUUUUACAAUUUUGUGCGUCAGUAGCAUCAUCGUUCAAGUCAUUCAUCUCCUGCUCUCUACGAAUCUUGGCGUCGAUAAGUCAAUCGACACCUUGAACACUGUAGCCGCAGUAGCUGGAGGAGGACUUCGAAUGAUCUUCAUUGCCUGGAAUCGCAAUAAAAUAUGGCGUCUGAUGUCGACGUGUGAGGCCUUGUGGCAAGACGCAAGCCCGAUCGAGUUGAGGAUCAUUUCUGUAUGGACGAAUCGAGCAAAAUUGCUUAGUCUUAGCCUGUGCCUAACGACAGUUGUUGGAGCCGCCAUGUGGAUAUUUUCCCCCAUAAUCAAGCAGGUUACACCGGGUGCAGUUGUCAGCAGCAGGUCUUGGCCAUACCAAAUAAAUAUGGACUCUUCACUGUCUCCACGAUAUGAAAUUAUCUACGCCGUUCAAUCAGCUUCCGCUGUCGUCUGCCUCUGCUCAAUAAUUGGCUGCGAUCUUGUCUCACCAUUUUUGGCUCUAAACGUUUGCGGACAGCUCAAACUGAUCCAAAGCUGGCUGGCCAAUAUUGCCAAGAAAGAGUCAGAACACGAUGAACGACGCAUAGAUCGAUAUGUUGAAAAAACUCUGAGAAAGUGCACUUUGCGGCACCAAAUCGUAAUGGAUUUUUGCACGCAAUUGGAGGAAUCUGUUUGCUACUCUAAUUUGGCGCAAGCUAUGGGCGGACUUUACAUGCUGGGCAUUUCAGCGGCAAGACUGACGAGGAUCCAAGGAUCGGAAAUUUUCCAAUUCUUUAGCACCUUCUCCUUGGCCAUUGGUCAACUGUUCAUCUCAUGUUGGCCAGCGGAGUGCCUCAUCACCGAAGUCAUGGAGAUACUAGGAAGCUUGAUUUCAGAUCAUCUCUUCUGCGAUGUCAUUAUUCAUGUUGCUGAGGACCAUCUAUUCUACCACGUUUUACAAAAGUUCGUAUUCACGUUAAGACAUGCAAAUUUGGAAAUUCCCGUGCAGUGUAAGAAAAAGGAUAGUCACUACAGGGCAUACUGUCCUAUCUAUAGCUGCCACAAGUGCAGUUAA